AAUUUUAGGUUUCACACACAUAACAUUCAAAAUUAUAAACAAGUCUAAGCAAUUAUUAAUUAGAAAUGGCCCCGAGUAUACCGGAUCGUUGGUUAAAUUAUAGCCCUAUUGGUCAGCGAGUUCAGGGGACAAGAUUCAUAGCCUUCAAAGUGCCGCUGCAACAGCACAUCAAUGAACGUGUCGAGGAGCAUUUGCGCCUGGCGCCGGAAUCCCUCUUAGAAUCGGUUCCAAAUCUAGGACUUAUUAUUGAUUUAACCAACACAAAUCGUUACUACAGUCCAAGCACAUUUACGGACAAAAAUGUGGAGCAUCAGAAGCUAAUGAUACCAGGCAAAAUGACUCCAUCCAGGCAUUUGUCAUCGAGAUUUUGUGAUUAUGUAUCUGAUUUCUUAAAGACCAACGAGAAUAAUGAUAAACUAAUUGGCGUCCACUGUACACAUGGAGUGAAUCGGACUGGUUAUAUGAUUUGCUAUUUCAUGAUUAACGUCUUAAAAAUGGUGCCAAUUGAGGCUAUUCAAACAUUUGCUGCCGCUCGAGGACAUGAAAUUGAGCGCAAUAAUUAUACCGCAUCAUUGAGAAAAAUGCUGAAUGGAGCAAGUCCUGCCAAAAGUUUAGAACCAGAACCAAUGGUAAAUUGGCGUCAACUGGCACAGCAGCGUCUAGAUGAGGAUCUUGCGAAUAGUAAAGCCGGUAAUACUAGAGAGAUUAGCAACAACAGCAGCAGGGACAACGCCCAUAACAAUAGGCACGACCGCAGACCUUACGGCAGAAACUAUGGUAAUGAUGGGAAUGAUCUUAGCACCAACUACAGCAACAGCAGAUACAACAGGAACGAAGGAAGCUACGACAUAAAUGACCAAAGCUACGACAGGAGCUAUGACAGAAGCUACGACAGAAGCUACGACAGGAGUUACGACAGGAGUUACGAAAGGAGCUAUGACAGGACUUACGACAGAAGCUACGACAAUAAUGGCCCAAGUAGAAACUACAGCAACAGGUACAAUGGGCAAGACGGCAACAACUUUAACAGCAGAUACAAUAGCAACAACUACGGCAACGACAGCGGACACUAUGGAGAUAGUUACGACAGCAACAGCAGGAAUUAUAGCAGCAACAGCUACGGCAGGAAUUACGGCAGCAAUACCAAUUACAACAGCAAUUACAAAUCCGAGAAAUUCGACAAUGUGAGCAGACGCAUCAUCAGCAGCAGAAACAGAGGGCAACGUUAUUCACCAUAUCAAUCAGAUUUUAGAAAUUAGAUGCAAAUUACUUAAGACAAUCUCCCAUGGCAUUGAAAUGAAUACAACAGAAUAAAUACAUUUUUUUCUAUGAA